AUGCGGUCUGACGCGGUCCCCGUUUUGUUGCAGUACGCUGUGUGGGCUUUCAUCUGGCUCUGCUGGAACAUAUUCGUGAUAUGCUUCUACCUCGAGGUCGGCCGUCUACGGCGGAGUGACGAGGUGCUGAGCCUGUACACGGGCUCUGUCUCGUUCUGGGAAGCGUCCGGCCCCGGCUGCGUGCCCGUCUACUCGACCAACGGCAGCGCGCCAGCCGACCCGUACCGAGAGCCGCGGCCCGACCGGGUUGACGGCUGCUGGCUCGACUACGAGCACGUGGAGGCGCUGCACGCCGCCCUGCAGAUUCUGCUGGCGGCCAUAGGGGUGGUGCUGGCCGGCUGCCUGAUCGCGGCGCGCAGGCGGGAGGAUGACAGCUCCGGCGUGAAACCGCGCUCACUGUCGCCGGCGUACCACAUCGAGUACCGGCCGCACCGCGUGGAGGAGCGGGCCGGCCGCAGCUCGCGCAGCAACCGGUCGCGCUCGAGCCAGCGGACCCGGCGCCACCCGAACCCGGUGACGCAGCUGCUGGACUCGUCGUCGAGCGAGCUGGCGCCCGACCGCGGCCACACGAACCCCGGCUUCCUAGCGUCGGAGCGGCCGGCCGGGCCGCCGCGGCCGCCGUCCGUCCACUCGAGCUACUCCAACUACCACGGCCAGCGGCGGCCGGCGCCGGCCGUGGCCUCCGACUACGGCACGACGGGCACGCUGAGCGCGCCGCCGCUGCCACGCUACGGCGAACACGCCGACUACGGCGGCUACGGCCGCGCCGGGCCGCCGCCCUACGAGGCCGUGCCCAGUCUGACUGAGACGUCCAUGUGA